AUGAAUAAGUUUACAAUCACAUCUUUCCUCCUUGUGUUGGUGCUUUUGUCAAGCUCCACAGUUUGCAAGAUUUCAAUUGCUCAAGCUUCAAAGUGCUGUAAUAAUCACCCCGAGCAAGGAAAAUGUGAAAAUGGAAAGUGCCAUGAAUUCUGCAUUACAGAUUGCGAGAAAGGAGGUUUCUGCAAACAUAUUAGCUCUGGUCCUGUAUGCCAUUGCUACUGUUGAGCUUUUUUCAAAACAAGGAUAUUGAUUUAUCUCAUAUUAUAUUUUGAAUAAAAAUUGUGAGCAUGUGAUGGAGGAGGUUGUUCCUUGUUUGGAGUUUCAUCUCCAACAUGCA